CGCAGUGCAGUCAGCAAGAUGUAUGUGAGCAGCGUACCUUAUCUGACACUCGAAUUUUGUAAACAAAUACGUCAACAUGGAACGAGAGACGGAAACGCUGAAGGAAUUCCUCACCGAUCUCGUCGUGCCGCACCAUCGCUGCAAUGUUAACAUCAUACCCGAUCACAUCACCAUGCUGCAUGGCACCAAAAACAAAAAGCAACACAGCCGCAAGCGGCGCGCCCACAAAUCGAGCACGCUGACACGCCGAGAAUACGCACAACUGGGACUCAAUACGCUGCCCACACGGCAAAUGCGCUACGAGCAGGCGCUGCCGCUGCACAAGCUCUGGCGCGGCUACCUUCGCGAGCAUCUAGAGCUGCGCGAGGGCGACGAGGUGCCGCAGGUGCACGAGAAACGCUACGAGGAGUUCAGCAAGCAGCUGGUCAAGCUGGAUUUGCAUGGCGCCAAGCUGCGCGUGGUGCAGUCCAAGUGCCCCACGCUGGUCGGACUCAGCGGCAUCUGUGUGCUGGACACAAAGAAUGUGCUCAAGCUGCUGGGCGAGGAUCAUCGGGUGCGCACCGUGCCCAAGAGCGAGUGCGUCUUCGGCAUGCACGUGGACAGCCUGGAGUUCAUCAUAUUCGGACAGCAUCUGAAUAUGCGGCCGGCGGAGCGCAGCGUGAAGAAAAUCAAGAGUUAUGUGGAGCCCUUCAUGUAGCCGCACAAUAAAUGCCGCCGAAAUGUAAAUCUUUAAUUAAAA